UAAAACGGUAAUUGGCGUGUACAGUUAGUCCGUAUAAUCCGGCAAAUGUCGCUUAAAUCCAGUGCUCGGGGGUUCCGUAAGGCCCCAUCAUUAUUGCGAAACGCUGCGGAGCAGUUCAAAACCCGGUACGACACUGUGCAGGCACGGCUCGAUGCAAUCACGCUGCCGGAGCGGUUCAAGGGAACGAUCGUGGAGAAAUGGGCCACCUAUUGGAAGAAUCUUUCCAUCGAUUACCGGGAGAUGGUCAUCGAUACGGGACGCGGAAUGCGGGACCGGCCCGUACGCAGCACUGUCUACCUUACGCUGCUGGCCGCUGCCGGUUACUCCGGUGCCAACAAUCCGACCGAGCGGGACUUUUACGACCAGUUUCGCCGGGCGUACAACGAACUUUCACUCGUACAUCCCACCUGCCAGAAUCCGGUGGCCUCGCAGCACAUUACGUUCCUGGAGCGUUGCCACAACGAGGGCCUCCUAAGGCGGUUAUCGCUGGGCGUUGUGUCCUUCAUGUGGCUCGAUAACUACGACAAAGGGCUGGCCACCUACAAGGCCAUCUGCCCGUACCUGAAGCCCCGCUAUCUUACGUUCCACGAGCGGAUAGUGGACGUUGGCUUCAACGGGCGCUGGCGGCAACUCGAGCGGAAAAUGGUGGACUACGAUAUCAACGAGGAAAACGUUUGAAAAUCUGCGCAUAUAAUGAAAUAAAGCUUUGAAGAUUCGCUGCCUAGGGCAAAUGUACACAUUCACGGCAAUAUCU